CGCACACAAACAACGCGCCACCGCACGCACCACCUUCUAAACCAAGCAGUAGCCAAGCAUGUCGCGCCUCCUCGUCUUGCUCUUCCUCUGCGCCGCCGGCGCGGCGGCCGCGGCCGCGCCCCUGCCCAGGUUCAGGGAGGCGCCGCACUUCACCAACUCGGCCUCCGCGCGCUGCCCGGCGCCGCUCCCGCCCGCGUCCGGCAAGGACGACGGCGCCUGCUCGCCGCGCGCGGCCGUGCACGUGGCGAUGACGCUGGACGCGUCCUACCUGCGGGGCACCAUGGCCGCGGUGCUCUCCGUCCUGCGCCACGCCUCCUGCCCGGAGUCCGUCCACUUCCACUUCCUCACCGCCGCCGGGUCGCCCUCCCGGACGGCGGAGCUGGUGGCCGCCGUGCGCGCGUCGUUCCCGUCGCUGGCGUUCCGGGCGUACCCGUUCGACGAGUCGCGGGUGGCGGGCCGCAUCUCGGCGUCCGUCCGCGGCGCGCUCGACCGGCCGCUCAACUACGCGCGCUCCUACCUGGCCACCACGCUGCCGCCCUGCGUGCGCCGCGUCGUGUACCUGGACUCGGACGUCGUGCUCACCGACGACGUCGCCGCGCUCGCCGCCACGCCGCUCCAGGGGAACGCGGCGGUGGCGGCGCCCGAGUACUGCGGCGCCAACUUCACCGCCUACUUCACGCCGGGGUUCUGGGCCAGCCCGGCACUCUCCCGGACCUUCCGCGGGCGCCGCGCGUGCUACUUCAACACGGGCGUCAUGGUGCUCGACCUGCCGCGGUGGCGGGCGGCGGGGUACACGGCGCAGAUCGAGGGGUGGAUGGAGCUGCAGCGGCGGGUGCGCAUCUACGAGCUCGGCUCCCUGCCGCCCUUCCUCCUGGUGUUCGCCGGCCGCAUCGCCGCCGUCGACCACCGCUGGAACCAGCACGGCCUCGGCGGCGACAACUACCGCGGGCUAUGCCGCGGCCUCCACGCCGGCCCCGUCAGCCUCCUGCACUGGAGCGGCAAGGGCAAGCCGUGGGACCGGCUCGACGCCGGCCGGCCCUGCCCGCUCGACGCCGUCUGGGCCAAGUACGACCUGCUCCGCCCGGACACCGGGAUCGACGCCGUCUUGUGAUGACUGACGGUCGCCUUCGAUCCACUCUCUUUUUUGAUCGGUCUGGUUUAAUUAGGAGAUCUUUCUUUUGUUGAUUGUUGUUGUCAGCUUUAAUUAAUUAGAGUGUUUGUGCAAGCUGCAAGUGUACAUAGUGUUUGGACGAACAUUUAACAGAAAUGGACUAGUUAAUUACUCUA